AUGCAUCUCGAGCUUAAAUUUAUUAAGUAUGCCCUAGACGCUAACGCGAAGAAGAUGGCGUCAUGGGGACCCGCUGAUGAUGCCUUCCAUAUCUCGCGACUCAUCAACCAUGUGGGUUGGCCACGAAAUGAGGAUUGGCGUCGAGUUGUCAUAAUUAUUGACAGCAUAAAAGUGCCCUGGAACAAGAACCAGAGAGGCUUCGUGGUGUACUGGAAUCUGUCAGACGAGCAUGGUGCGAGAACUUCAGGGGAAUUUGAGGGGCUUCAAAGCGGCCAGGAUGAAGGCCAGCAGGCACCGCAGAUGGAAAUUGUAUCACGGAGCUAUCAAGCACCCAGGGCUAAGGUGUUGGAAGGCUAUGGUAACUUGCCUGACGCUGAAUGCCUGCUAUGCCUAAGGAGCCGCACCUUCUUCUCGCUUCCUUCGUCAAAGUGGCCCAACACACUUGCUUCCCUCAAAACUUUAGCUCAAUUGCCAGAUCUUGCAAGCCCAGUUCCCAAUCAUUUUCCCCGCGACACUUCCUUGAGUCCGCCCUUCUCGAGGCAACUUCCACUCAACCCACCACCUUCGACCUCCAACUUCCUCAAGCCGUCUAUCCAAGAAGAACCCAAGCCCGUGAUGGAUAUUGCCGAAGAAAGCGGCGAUACCGCAACCGAAGCGGUUGUCUCUCCCCCCUCCUUUCGCGUUUGCCUCGUUACCUUGCCUCCAGAGCUGCUCAUCGAAGUCAUCAAAUUUGCAAUGCUUUCCAAAAGCCGAAGAGGCGUCUACUUCGAGAAUCGAAACACUCUCAAAGCAAUUUCACGGGUCUGCAAGCUCCUCCGUGUUUUUACUAUCUCUUUCCUCUUCAAGACUGUCCGACGAACGAUCAAUGAGGACAAGAUCCACGCGCAACUCCAAGCCAUCAAUGAAAACGCGUUGAUUCUGGGUUCCAUACGCUACCUGUCUCUGUGUACCCGAGGCCCCGAGUGGCCUCCCAAGAAAUGGCGAGAUCACUACAAUCCAUCCAUUAAACCAUGUUCGAGAGCCACAGCAGCACUUCUCGUCAAGGUCCUACGCAAAAUGACACCGGAGGAAGUCCGCAUUACCUUCCAAUGCGGUAACAAGUCCAUGGUUGCCCACUUCCGGGCAGAGCUUGUCAAGCAGAAGGCACGCCUGCAAUCUGUCCGAUCUUUGACGUAUCCGUCAUCGGUCACCAUCAAUUUCAUCCCUCAGACAUUCCCAAACCUUCGUUAUUUAAGCCUCAAUAUCGACGGCUCGCCUAUGCACACUGCCGGCCUCAGAGUCAUCGCCCCGAAGUUGCAAAUUCUCGCAACGCUGGAGCUCUACAAGGCACAUUGGACUUGUAAGGAUAUGGAGGAAGUCGUGGAGCUUUUUCCAUCUAUCAACUACCUGCUCAUUGACGGCGAGUUGAAGUUCACUAGGGUUUCGAGUCUCAUUCUAAUCUUCAGACGUUACAGUCAUUUGGAGAAGCUGGCUUUGACUGAGGUUCCCUGGGUCUAUCCACCACGGGGACUGGUGGGUGAAGCCUUUCAGAAAAGGAUCAAAAAACUUCGGGCUUCCCAUCGUCUUCGGGAAUUGCCCGGGGUGAACGCAAUUCAAUUCUUCCAUCAGUGCAAGUCCCUGAAGGAACUGCUGUUGAAGGAGGACAUGGACUCGAAAGUUUAUCAGUCAGUCGGGCAGGGUCGUGACGUGAUCAAAGUCAAGAGAAAGAAUCGCAACAAAACUGAACUGGGCCGUAUCAAGAUGGGCUGGCCGGUCAUUACCAAUGCUAUCUCGUGGUUUGCGAAGGACAAGGUUACCUUGAGACCGGAAACAGCAACCAAAUAG